AUGCACUGGUCUAUUCUGUACGAUUCUAUUGAUGCUGCUACGGCUGCUGUGAAGGAAAUGCGUGGAUUCCCGUUAGGGGCACCGGAUCGUCGUAUUCGUAUCGAUUUUGCUGAUAACGGAACAGCACCAUCGUUCUCGAAGAGCAGUGGAGGUUUUGAGGAAGGCGGUGAGUAUCGUCGCGGCCCCGACUACGAAUAUCCGGAAGGUGGUGCAUCAUACGAGGAAAAUUCAUCGUACGGCUAUGGUGGAAAACCGUUCCGCGGACGUGGUGGUUUCCGUGGCGGGUUUCAUCGUGAUGGCCCAUCGCACCACGGGGACAAUGAUGAAUGGCGUCGAUCAGGAGCCGAUGGCGAAUAUGAUUCACGCCGUCGUUCUGGAUCACGUGAACCAGGAAUCGAUAGAUCUCGUUCCCGUUCACCGAGGCGACGCAGUCUUUUGCACCUAACGGACGGAGACAACGGAAUAGUGGACAGCCUGAUGAAGGACGAGGAAGGUAAACACCACCUUCGUGUUACUCAGCGACUACGCCUCGAUCAACCCAAGUUGGAAGAUGUGCAGAAGCGCAUAUCGACGUCAUCGUCGCACGCAAUCUUCCUCGGCCUGCCGGGAUCGACGUCAUCGGUAGCAUCGUCGGAUGAUGCCAGCGUUCAGACGCGUCCACUGCGUUAUCUCGUGUCCUACCUGAAGCAGAAAGAAGCGGCCGGCGUUAUAUCCUUACUCAAUAAAGAAACGGAAGCAACUGGUGUGCUCUACUCAUUCCCGUCAUGCGAUUUUUUGACAGAAUUGUUGAAACGAACAUGUCACAACCUCACUGAAGGAAGACCAAGGAAGGUAAUCGUGGUGGUCCGAGGAGGAACAAUCCUCUGA